CAGGCAUUUGUGCAUCCAUCGGUGACAUUUCAUCCAGGGUCCCGAUAUCAACUAAGCCAAGGAGACAAGAUUUUUUUUAGUCUUCAAUGCAUGAUGGUGCAUAAAAUAGGAGGACAUAAAGAUAUAUUGUAAUUCCUCUUCCCAUUUCUUCUUUUUCUUCUCUUUCUUUCUUUGUCCGUCUUCUCAUUGUUCUUCCAACAGACCAUCCUUAUAGAUCAAGGCUUACUUGCUCGCUGCUACUUGCACUCCCUUUUUUUCUUCCCUAUUCCUCCCCUUCAUCUCUUACAAUAGCUGUAAAGCACUUGCGCUGUUAAAGCGCUCUUAUCCUACGCGAUGUCACACCCUUCACACCAGGUCGGCACCAAUGCCAGUACGACCGAAGAAGUUCAAGACCUGUCCAAAGCCUCAACACAGUCCCCUGCGCUCCCAUCUAGUGAGAACCAUGUGGAACAUCCGAAGGAGAUAGAUGGUUUUGCCACCAUCACUAAUGCAGGAACUACUGUGCCUGUCGAGUCCAUGACGACUUCAUCUCCUGCUGCUAAUCAUACAGGCGGUGCCAGGCGACGUCUGGCACUCUCAUCGAACCGUCUGCUCUCCUUGGAUUUACUGCGUGGUCUUGCCAUCUUUAUCAUGAUUACAGUUAACGCUCAAAAUGGACCUGUGGUUUUCCCAAUCCUUUCGCAUCCUGAGUGGAUUGGAUUAUCUAUUGCAGACACGGUCUUUCCCAGUUUUUUGUUUAUCACUGGUUGUACGAUGCCUCUGUCAAUCAGGGCAGCACCCAAUUCGCCCAAUAGUGUUUACAUACGCCACGCUAUUCGCGUGUUCAAACGUUCACUCAUCAUUUGGGGUCUUGGCGUUAUUCUUAACCUCUAUGGUCUCGUCAUUCUGAGUGCUCCUGCUAACCAGUUUCGCUGGCCCAAUGUGCUGAACCGUAUUGGAUUCUGUUACCUGAUCGUCGCUUGGAUGCACGUUCUUGUCCUUUGGCGCGGUCGUCAACCCGAAAAGCCUCUCUCAGUUUCAUAUCUCUUCCCAUCCUUAUCCCAGCCUGCACGUCCACAAAUCCAUGAAGCAGAUUCGAAGCGUGAACUGGAAGAGACUGCUGCUAAUAACGCUUCUACUACCCCUGCUGCACCUACCACAGGAGAGGACGAUCACGGUGCAUGGCCCUGGUUUGUAAGAGUAACCUUGCCUUACUACUUGCCUAUUGCUUGCUUGGUCAUCUGGCUCAUCUGUACGUAUAGUGUCCAGGUCGAGGGUUGCCCUGAGAAGGGUAUGGUAGAGGUCCCGGAAUGCAGUGCUCAGGCUUACUUUGACCUUAGGAUCUUUGGCAAGGCUCAUACGUACCGUCACUUGGCCUUUGAUCCUGAAGGAGCUCUGUCGACAUUAACAUCAAUCCUUAAUGUAUGGCUCGGAUGGUUUAUUGGAUGCACCGUCGUGGCGCUUAAUGCUCAAGUCAAAGAAGUGAAUAAUGUUUUUAAGGCGCGCCAUGAAGCGCUCAGCCAUUCAGAGGAGCACGAGCAGUAUCUUUUGGAGGAGGUUUUGGAGCAGGAGAUCGUGACAAGGAUCUAUUCCGAACAUUUGAGCCAAUGGUUCUGGUGGGGUAUCCUUUGGAUGUUUGUUGGCUGGCUCGUCAGUUUGGGUAUCCCAUUAUCCAAGCCAAGCUGGACCGCAACAUUUGCAGUCGUAACCUCAGGCAUCUCUCAGACAAUGCUCGCCAUCUUGUUCUUCAAGUUUGAUGCCCAGCCAAAGACGAAGCAGCUGCGUAAGCUGCACUUGGAACAUCAGUUGACUUACCGAUCUAAUAACCAGCUCUCGCGUCAUUAUCACCAUCGUCCUCAGGAUGCUGAAGCUGCAGCCUCUGGCUCGGCACCUCUCAGGUCUAAUUAUUCAAGUGCAUUGAAUGUAUACUUCAAAGUGGAUCACUUCUUCCGUCAUUGGUUCCGUAAGGGUAUCUUGUUGGUCUUGGGAAGCAUGGGUCGUAAUGCCAUUCUUUUGUAUAUGUGCUCAGAACUUGUUCAAGGCACUUGCUAUCUCGUACGUGCAGGACCUGCAGAUCCCGAGACCGGUGAAAAAUCGGAUUUCUUUACUUACAUCUUUUCAGUCACUUGGGGCAAAGCCGAGAUUGGUGGCUGGGGUUCUUUACUCUUUUCAUUGGGCUUUACAUUCCUCCAUGUUCUGCUGGCCAUCUUCUUGGACUACAAGAAGUGGUACUUCAAGGUGUAAAAUCCCAACAGCUUCUUAGAAAAGAAGAGGAGGAGUCACCGUUGUAAUUAGUAUUUCUAUUUUAUUCUUUCACCUUUUCCCGGGGUGUUUUUUAUUUUUUACUCAUCUAUCAUUUAGUAGUAUAUUUCACUCUAAUAACAUUCAAAACCAAAUAUUUAUCUUUGCCAUGCG